ACAAUAUUGGACAAUGCGGUGUAAUAAUUUUAAAAUUUUUAGGUUAUGACAAACAAACUUAAUAAGAAAUUAUAUAGAGUGAUAAGUAGUGAUCAUAAUGGAAAUAUAUGUAAAAUUACCAAAAGUAAUAUUAUUGUUUUGAUGGAAUAAGUUACAAUUGUGAAACACUAAAAUAUUUUUUUCAAAAUGGCAUUAAAAAAUGAUCAACUUUAUAUCUACGUGUUACAAAUUCUGUUCGCUUGUGGAUUAGCAUUUGGUUCAAAUUUUGAAACUAUGCACAAAUGGCCGACGAUAAUAUGCCGCUUUUUCGUUUACGUAAUAUUAACAAAAUCGUUGCAAGGGUUAAGUUACCUGGCCUACAAUAAUUUUCAAAAAGGAAAUAAAUUAGAUGUACUCAAGGAGAUUCAUCAGUGCAAGAUAUACUUAAUCAUAUUCACGGCAUCCGUGGCUUAUUUAAUUUACACAAAGGAAAGAAUUCUCGGCGAGGACUUUGUUUUGCUGUUCUUCGUUAUCCUCGUCACGAGGUAUCCUGAAAUGGAGCAGGAAUCUAAAACAAUCAACUACGGAGUGGGAAUGGCGUGCAGCUACUUCGAGGGAUACCUUGCCCACAUCAUUCCCAGCGAUGGGGCUAGGUUCGUGGGCUUCGAAGAGAACAUCAACAUAUACGAAGCGAAGCAGGGCGUCGUUUUCCCAGUGAAACGACUCUUCAUCGUGAUAACUAAGUCGCUGUACUGCCCGCCUGAUCUUAAACAAUUUAAUAAGAAAAACAAGAAAAUACCGUAUCUCGAAGCUUGUCAGUCGCUGGAGGACGUUGAGAAGGACGUGGCGGGCGUCAAGAACCGCACAUAUCGUAACUCUGCAUAUAAGAUCUACCGACCUGGUCUACCGCCCGUCUACCUCACCGCCGAGUGCGCCACGCCGCUUCACACACUGCACCGCGUGCUUGAGAAGAAAGCGCUCUAUGAAGAACUGUCGGACGUAGACCCCCAAGAGAUAGUAUCUGACUUCUGCGAAAUGCUCCGCAAGGUGAUCAAGAAGUCUCCAGACUGUCAGGACAAGUGUGAAUUAGUCUAUUAUGAUGAUCCUAGUCAAAAUUUAGCUGACGUACUACUCGCCAAGAUAAAGGAUAUUGAACCGGAUUUUGAAAAUAUCAUCACAAGCGAAGCUCAGUGA